CAGAUGGCAACACAUAUGGAGCUCCUGGAAAUUUUGGAGAAUUUGAAUGAAAAGGUUUUUAAAAAAUUCAAGUGGUACCUGCAGAAGAAGGAGAUCUUAGAGGGAUUCCCACCAGUUCCAAAGAGUCGACUGGAGAAUGCCGACAGGAUCGACACAGUGGAUCGGAUGGUGGAGAUCUACAGUACAAACACUAUGAAGGUGGCCAGAAUGCUUUUAGAAAGGAUGGAUGAGAAUGAUCUAGUGGGGAAUUUAUCAAACAUCAGGACAUCAGGACUUUCAGAGAUUGACAAGUAUCAGCAUAAACUCAAGUCCAACCUGAAGAAGAAGUUUCUGCGUUUAUUCGAGACAAUCACAAAAGCAGGAAAUUUUAAACUUCUAAAUGAGAUCUACACAGAGCUCUACAUGACAGAAGGAGAGGUCAUCAUUGAGCACGAGAUCAGACAGAUUGAAACAGCAUUCAGGAAAACCGAGAGACCAACAAUCAGCUGUGAAGACAUCUUUAAAGCCUCACCUGGAAGAGAUGAACCAAUCAGAACAGUGAUGACAAAGGGAGUGGCUGGCAUUGGGAAAACAGUCUUAACACAGAAGUUCACUCUGGACUGGGCUGAAGACAAAGCCAACCAGGACAUACAGUUCAUGUUUCCAUUCACUUUCAGAGAGCUGAAUGUGCUGAAAGAGAAACAGUUCAGCUUGGUGGAACUUGUUCAUCACUUCUUCACUGAAACCAAAGAAGCAGGAAUCUGCAGGUUUCAAGACUUCCAGGUUGUGUUCAUCUUUGACGGUCUGGAUGAGUGUCGACUUCCUCUGGACUUCCACAACACUGAGAUCCUGACUGAUGUUACAGAGUCCACCUCAGUGGAUGUGCUGCUGACAAACCUCAUCAGGGGGAAACUGCUUCCCUCUGCUCGCCUCUGGAUAACCACAAGACCUGCAGCAGCCAAUCAGAUCCCUCCUGACUGUGUUGACAUGGUGACAGAGGUCAGAGGGUUCACUGACCCACAGAAGGACGAGUACUUCAAGAAGAGAUUCAGAGAUGAGGAGCAGGCCAGCAGAAUCAUCUCCCACAUCAAGACAUCACGAAGCCUCCACAUCAUGUGCCACAUCCCAGUCUUCUGCUGGAUCUCUGCUACAGUUCUGGAGGAUCUGUUGAAGACCAGAGAGGGAGGAGAGCUGCCCAAGACCCUGACUGAGAUGUACAUCCACUUCCUGGUGGUUCAGUCCAAAGUGAAGAACAUCAAGUAUGAUGGAGGGGCUGGGUCAGAUCCACACUGGAGUCCAGAGAGCAGGAAGAUGAUUGAGUCUCUGGGAAAACUGGCUUUUGAGCAGCUGCAGAAAGGAAACCUGAUCUUCUAUGAAUCAGACCUGACAGAGUGUGGCAUCGAUAUCAGAGCAGCCUCAGUGUACUCAGGAGUGUUCACACAGAUCUUUAAAGAGGAGAGAGGACUGUACCAGGACAAGGUGUUCUGCUUCGUCCAUCUGAGUGUUCAGGAGUUUCUGGCUGCUCUUCAUGUCCAUCUGACCUUCAUCAACUCUGGAGUCAAUCUGCUGUCAGAAGAACAAAGAACAUCCUGGUGGUCUAAAGUCUUCAGAGACAAACCUAAACUAACACAUCUCUACCAGAGUGCUGUGGACAAGGCCUUACAGAGUCCAAAUGGACACCUGGACUUGUUCCUCCGCUUCCUCCUGGGACUUUCACUGCAGACCAAUCAGACUCUCCUACGAGGUCUGCUGACACAGACAGGAAGUGACUCAAAAACCAAUCAGGAAACAGUCGAGUACAUCAAGAAGAAGAUUGAAGAGACUCCCUCUGCAGAGAGAAGCAUCAACCUGUUCCACUGUCUGAAUGAACUGAAUGAUCGUUCUCUAGUGGAGCAGAUCCAACAGUCCCUGAGUUCAGGAAGUCUCUCCACAGAGGAACUCUCUCCUGCUCAGUGGUCAGCUCUGGUCUUCAUCUUACUGACAUCAGAAGAAGAUCUGGACGUGUUUGACCUGAAGAAAUUCUCUGCUUCAGAGGAGGCUCUUCUGAGGCUGCUGCCAGUGAUCAAAGCCUCCAACAAAGCUCUGUUGAGUGACUGUAACCUCUCAGAGAGAAGCUGUGAAGCUCUGUCCUCAGUUCUCAGCUCCCAGUCCUCUAGUCUGAAAGAUCUGGACCUCAGCAACAAUGACCUGCAGGAUUCAGGAGUGAAGAAGCUCUGUGCUGGACUGGAGAGUCCACACUGUACACUGGAAAGUCUCAGGCUGUCAGGCUGUCUGAUCACAGAGGAAGGCUGCUCUUCUCUGGCCUCAGCUCUGAGCUCCAACCCCUCCCAUCUGAGAGAGCUGGACCUGAGCUACAAUCAUCCAGGAGACUCAGGAGUGAAGCUGCUGUCUGCUGGACUGGAGGAUCCACACUGGAGACUGGACACUCUCAGUAUGGACUAUGGUGGAGAGCAGAGACUGAAACCUGGUGUGAGGAAGUAUGCCUGUGAACUCACACUGGUCCCGGACACGGCAAACCGACGCCUCAAACUGUCUGACAACGGGAAGGUCGCGUGGGUGAGGGAGGAUCAGUCGUAUCCUGAUCAUCCAGAGAGAUUCGACCACUGGGUCCAGCUGCUGUGCAGAAACGCUCUGACCGAUCGCUGGUACUGGGAGGUCGAGUGGAGCGGGCUGGUUCACAUCGCGGUGUCUUACAGAGGAAUCAGAAGGAAAGGAGACGGAUAUGACAGCAGGUUUGGAGGGAACGAUCAGUCCUGGAGUCUGUGCUGCUCCGAUCACAGCCACUCUGUCUGGCACAAUAACGUGAGAACCGACAUCCCUCUGUCGCCCUCGGUCUCUGACAGAGUAGCAGUGUAUGUGGACUGUCCUGCUGGCUCUCUGUCCUUCUACAGAGUCUGCUCUGACACCCUGAUCCACCUCCACACCUUCAACACCACAUUCACUGAACCUCUUUAUCCCGGGUUUGGGCUCCUGAAGUCUGGCUCCUCAGUGUCUCUGUGUCAGGGCCGGUCUUAGCUAUGGGCAAUGUGGGCGACCGCCCAGG